AUGUUGGAACUCCACGUUUGGGGAGUGAAGGAGCAGAUAUCCGUGAUAUCACCAGAGAGUUUGGCGAGCUCGUGGUUAAUUGGAACCCACUUGAAGGCCCACAAGGUGUCAUACAAAAUAGUGACUUCAUGUAAUACCAACAUGUCCAAUAGUGAAGUGUUGCCAUUGCUUAUUUGCACUGAGACUAGAGCGAAAUAUGAAGGGUAUUCCAGGAUAGCCGAAUACAUCAGUGAAAAGUAUCCUGACGGAGAAAGUCAGUUUCUACCAGAUACCCAAUUGGACAAAAGACAACAAUUGAUCAAUGCUAGUUUGAUAAGUUAUGUGGAGAACAAGGUCAAGUACUUGAAUGAGUAUAAUCUCUAUAUCAAUACCAGGAACUACGAGAAGUACACCCGGAAGUUGUUCCAGCAUUAUUUCCCAUUCCCAAUGAUGUACAAUCAGCCAUUGAAAUUCUACCAUAAUGCCCAAGAAGAAGUAAGAAUGGUUGGAUUAACGGCAAAUAAGGUUGGUUUUUUCAGCAUGUCGGGGAAUUUGGAAGAGGUUAUUCCGGAAACCGAGUAUUUCAAUGAGGCAAAUUCUAGUGAUGUUGAAGACAACUCUGAGGGAGAAGAUGAAGUUGCAAUAACGACAUUACACGAAAAGCAAAUUCUUGCCAAUUCCAAAAAGAAGAGUUUGGUUAGAGAACUGAAAAACUCAAUGAAAUGUUUGAAUUCCAUUAACCAUUACAUAACCCACAUACUCGACUUAUUCAAGGACUUACGUCCCGAGUCCGAAUCGUGCUUCUCCUACUUAUUUAGUGAGUCCAACCAACUCUCAUCAAGCGAAUUGCUAUUAUUGGCAUACAUCCAAUGCUUGAACCAUGAUGACUUACCCGAUAAGUUCAUAUCGAAUUAUCUUCAACUCAAAUUUCCAAAGUUCGUCGACUUCACCUCCACCACCACCAAGGACUUAAACAAAUUCCUACAACCCAGCCAGUUCAGAGACCCCCAGGGAGACGAAACCCCCAGUCUAUGGAAUGAAAUCAAGUACCUUCUGGGUCUUAUCACCUACUAA